ACUUCCUGGUCAACGCCCUCUUCUCUUGUUUACAAAAAAAUCUAAAGAAGUUUGAUCUAGUUCAGAGCUAGCCUAGAUUCAAGAUCUAGAAUCUAUAGAUCUGUCUAACUUUUCACGAUGUUACUUAUAUUUGAAGACGCGCAAAAGGAGCAUUUAUCAUUUUUAACCAAUUUAGAUGCCGAUGUACUCAGAGAAUUUGGACGAAUAUCUCUAAAUUUUAUCAAAAAAGGAGCAAAUACCAAAAUAUUUCAAGGUGCUGCACAGAAAUUAAAAGUAUCUGUUGAAACAAUACAGCAUGGAGUUGAGGGCCUUAUGUAUUUAUUGAUUGAAAGUUCAAAGCAUAUGUUGAAUGACAUUGACUUCCAAGAUUCCAUCAUGGCCCUCGGGUUCACUGAGGAUACAAGAUCUACUUUGUUGGAGAUUUACUUGGAGAAUAGAAAAGAGAUUAGAGAUGUAUUAGAUGAAAUGAGUUUAGAUCUUCCACAUUAUCAUAAUCUAGAGUGGAGGCUUGAUGUCCAGCUUGCAAGUCGGUCUUUGAGACACCAAGUAACACCCACCAUUUUGUUGAAGUUACAGACAGAAGAUGGGGGGAAGAAAGUCUCCCACAUGCUCCAGACAGACCCAGUGAACAUGGUACACAUGGCUAGAGUGCUAGAGGAAGCUCUGCAAGAAAUGAAAUCUAGUUACUGUCGAAGAAUAGCUCGUAACAUUAAGUAGGGGUUGAAAUAGGAUUGGCUCAGUAUGUUUGUGAAGAUAUGUAUGGUUAUACAAAUCACUGUGUGGUUGACUUAAUCUAUAGUGCAAUGAUCAAACUAAGUUAAAAGUUAAUAGUUUUAUUUUUGUCAUUAUUUGAAUGCACAUCUAGCACUCUCACAAGUUUUGCCUAACCUCUCACUUGAAGUUAACAUAGUCCUUUGUUGGUUUAUUUGAAUAUUCAAAAUGCAUGAACCUAUUAGUGAGAUGAUUAUUCAAAUCAUAUAAAUACUAGUUUAUAAGUUCUGUUCUAAUUGUCUCAAUAUGUGCGACCAAAGAUAUUCCUUAUAAUAACACAUUUUUUGAUAUGAUGGCUUUGGACUUAAUGACAUCUAGAUACUUAAACUGUGGUGUUUCAUCAUCUAUCAAUUUUUUGUUUAGACGGGAAAUUUAUCAGCAUUGUAGAAUCAGAUGUUGAAGCCCUAUGGCAUGUGGAAUAAGUAAUUUUAAUUUGAUAGUUGUCAAAAGAGAUACUUCAAUAUGGCAUCCUUGACAUUGUUUAAUAUGACAAUUUAUUACAAAAUCUCUCUCAAUCUUUCUCUUUUCAUUUUAUUAAUGUUUUUUCUUAAAUUUCCAUUAUAUUGACACCACAUUUCUUCGUAUUUCUUUCUCUUCCUUUCCUCUUGUACUGAAUUUUGUUGCUUAAAGAAUGUAAACAGUAUCUUCUAAGUCAAAGUGUAAACAAAGAGUAGAUUACUGUGAUUAACUUUUGGUUUGAAAAUCUCCAAUAUGAAAGCAGUUAAAAUCUUUGGCAUUUAUAUUUGUUUUGUUUUUUAUGAAUGCUAAUGUUUUUUUUUAAUAUUACAAUAUUAUUGGUUGAAACUGUUGAGUAUUCCCUGUACAUAGUUAUUGUAAUAAUUCUUGAAAUAAAAAAAAUGUAAAUUUCUUUGUAAUACCAAAACAAA